AUGGCGAAUAUACGCACGGCAAGAGGAUUAGUAGUAGAAGAACUGCAUAGACUAGACGAGCAACGGGCCCUUGGGGAGGGCUUUCGCAGUCGUCCCCUCCACAUAAACUACUAUCAAUCGCUGCAGGCCACGCUUCGUUCAGCUUUGCAAAGUUUGGACUCUGGUGCUCAUGUUGGACGUGUAUCAUUUCAAGAGAUGUACGCUGCAUUGUGUGCCACAAAGAAACAGGAUUUGAUCCCUCUGAAAGUGUUGGUGGAUCUGUGGGAAGCAGCUGACGUUAAGGUGGCGGAAGAAUAUGCAAAGGAGAUGGAAAGUGUCGGGUUGGUUUCCAUUGAAUGUAAGACUACCCGUCCACCCCAAAUAUUAGGGAUACGUCUACAUGAUCCUGCUCAUGAUUUUGUACGUCAGGAAGCAGAGCGGAUGAAGAUUUCAUUUUGGGACUAUCAGUGGCAACAGAAGCCAUGGCCCUCCAUAUCUGAAUCUAUUCCUCUACUUCUUCGAGAAAGGGACCCAGUUCACCGCCUUGUCCGCUCUGCCAUUCCACAAUCCUACGAUACGCUCACCCAUACUUUUUCCGUCAUUUCACAUCGUCACCGGAAUGCUCAGAUCUUUUCCACAGAUUUUGGGGCGUACGACGUGAAAGACUUUACUACCACUAUGAUCAAUACGAUGAAUGAUCACGGUAGUGAAGUUGCUGAAUAUCUCCGCAAUGCCAUCUUAUUUGUCCUAGAGAAUAACUUUCCCUAUGACCGAGUGCUGGUAUCCAACACUCUCAACAAUAUCUCUGUGAUGUACUUCACUGAACCGUCGCCACCCUUUUCCGGUCCGCAACUGCGCAAACAGGGACGCGAACUCCUCCAACGAGCAGUUGACAUAUCUAAGCAAUGUGACAGAGCGAGGGCAAACUUGGCAUUGCUUUUAUGGCGCGGACAUGACAUAAGGAACGAUGGGGCCGAGAUAUCGCGAGCCAUAAAGCUACUAGAGGAAGCGAUCUCUAUCUGUCCACUGCCGAGGUACAAAUUUUUACUUGCUCGUGUAUUGAUGUCCGCCGAGUCGGGCGUAUUUUGCGACUGGGUCCGUGCGAAGGCGCUCCUAACUGAGGCUGUACGCAACGACCUUUACAAACCAGCUGUGAAACUUCUUGCAGACAUGCCGGCACAUGGACAUGAGGAAGUCCCUCUGGAUGUCUCAGGUGCUACUCGAUUGCGCUCCCGUGCGGAGCAGCAUUCGAAAGACAUAACAGACAUGCUUCAGCGUGUUGAUUUCCAGGACUCGCGAGAGUACGUCGAGAAAAAGCUCAAGGAAGCAAAAGCAAAACAGUCGCAAAUCUUUUUGAUGGUUUUAGGUGGUGGAGCAAGAGGAAAGACCUCACUUGUCCGCAGUCUUCGGGGGUUGCCAUUCGUUUCUGAGUAUAACCAAACAGAGCUAGCUGCACUCUCUAGGAUACAAGUGCUUCUAGGAAGUCGAAAUAUGAGCGAAGAGGACGGCGACGAGCUUGCGUUCAGUCAGGACUCGCUGAACGCUAUCCUAUCACGACAAGCAACAUCAUCUCCGAGUGUCAAAGCCCAAACAGCAACUGUCGAGAAGACGAAUCAGGACCCAGCUCUAAGCAUUCUUCAUGCAUAUUCAAAGAGCGGACAUGCAACAAUAAAUGACCAAAGGACCCCACAACGAACAACAUCGUCUAUUAAUCUGGCUCCUCAAAUUGGAAACACUUUUCAACCGCCAAAGACAACAAUUGAUCCCCAUCUGGCUCGGGUUCGAAAUUAUUUGGAAAACUCAUCCACUCUGAAGAAGAUAGACGGAACACUUGUGCAAUGCUGGGAUCUGGCUGGACAGUCACAAUAUGUGAUGGCACAUGCCUUGUUCGUUAAAAAUGGGAGCUUGUUUGUGUUUGUAGUUAAUUUGAAGAAUCUAUGGAACAUUUCAACUCGAGUCGAAGAAGUGAGGGAAUUAUGUCGGUGGAUGCAACUUGUACAUGCACUGGUACCGGAUUCCGAAUCUGUGCGACCGAUUAUUGUUGGUACAUACAAGGAUAGUUGCGGGGACUUGGGGGAGGCUGAGAAGGUUCUACGUGAGGGCUUGCUGGACGAAGUUGGGGAAGCAGUGUAUGACACAUGGGUGCGUGACAAACCUGAAGCAGAGAACGGCGAAGGUCGCGCCAUUCCUUUCAUCGCUGUGGAAAACAGAACUGCUAAGGAAGAUCCUGGAGAGUCUGGCAUAGAAGAACUAGAAAAAUUAAUCAAACGGUUGUCGGACGAUAUCGUGGCUUCACGACUGGAAAUACCACUUCGGUGGAUAGCUUUCGUGGAAGAAGUAGAACGGAAGAGUGCUGAAAUGAAUGCUGAAAGGAUGAGCACCGUUGUUUGGAACACACAAGAGAUAUUCAAAUGUGCAGAUGGGUUUUCAGCCUUUAGUACAAAAAAGGAAGAGCGACAUGAAGACGCCUUACGAGCACUGAAAUAUUUUAGCAAGCUUGGGAGAUGUGUUUUAUUUGAUAUGCCAAAGGAGGGAGUAUAUUUGUUCCCACGUCCUGCUGCCAUGCUUGAUUUCGUACGGCGCGUGACUGGACCCGAAGAAAAAGUGCGCAGAAGUCUGCCUAAAAAACACGCACUAUCCUUACGUGACGGUCUGUUGACAAAGGAAGGUCUGAAGAAAUUGUGGGACGAACACUCGCAGGAAAUUUGCGAUAUGAUGCUCGAUGCCUUAUGCAGCGUUGAUAUACUCAUGCGAGUGCAAUUCGCUGAUGGCACCUCAGGAACUUCGGAAGACUUGAUUGCGAUCCCAGCACUGUUGAAGGAAGCUGACGACUGGCAGGACUGUACGAGCCGACCUAACGAGUCGGAGGUACGGUUAGUUACUGAAUUUGUGGACGCAUUUCCCCACGGUCUGAUGGGUUGCCUAAUCAGCCAUCUCCACAAAAAGGUAGGAAGGGUUAGGCCAAAGGUGGGGUUCGUGGGUGCAAAUGCUGCGGAUUGGGCUGCGAAAAUUGAGUUAAAAGAAUCUGGACGAGUGGUGUUUAUAUUCGUGAGUCAGCAACGACGUAUUGAAUGGAAAGUGUAUGCGCAAGAUCCUUUGAGUGUUGCACGGAGUUGUGUGACGGAAGUGGAGGAGCUUUCACGCAUGCCACUCAGUGGCAAGAAGUUUCCUAUGAAGCACUUUCUGCGGACGAAGUGUCGCUCAGAUUUAACCGGGUGCGGAGGAGAGUGGACGGCUAAGUUUGAGAUGCCCGGAGAUUGGGUCGAGAACGCUACAAAGGCGAGAUUGCCGAACCUCGAAGGCGAAUGUCCUGCCCCAUGUGGCGAGUCAUGGAGGCUUUUGGACCUGAUGCCAGAAAUAGAGAAAUAUUAUGGGCCAGCUGAUCCUAAGGCAUUGAAGGCAUUGGCCGUCAUUCCACGGAGUUCUAAAGAGGUUGGGAUGAAGGCCGUGGAUGUAUUCAUAAGCCAUGCGGGAGUACAGAAAGGAAAGGGAGGAAAGGGAGGUGACAAGUUACAUUUUGCCCGACCGCUGCACGAAGAUCUCUGUAAGCGGGGAAUGUGUUGUUUUUUGGACAAAGUUAGUCUGAGGCCAGGAGAUGAUGGUGUGGACAAGAUGACAGUGGCCAUGGAAACUGCGGAUAUAGGAGUUUUCAUCCUUUCGCCAGAGUUUGCAUGUCAGCGGUGGACUAUGAAGGAGUUGGAAUGCUUCCUAAUGAGGAAACGAAAAAGGAGGAAACGAGAAGCCUCUGAAACAAAGAAGCCAGGGCAAUCACCAGGGCAAUCUGUUCCCAUACUGAUACCGGUCUUCUACCGUUUGAGCUUGCAAGAGUGCCGGAGGUUUGACCCAGAAAAAUAUUCGAAAUUGUUUCGCGACGAAGAUUUCUAUGAUGAAGCGCGACAGCGAGAAAUGAGUACAGCAACAGUCACGGCGCUGUUGAAGGAAUUGUCCUGGACUACCGGGAUCGAAAAUGACGGUGGAGCGUCAAAUGACAAUGGUGACCCUUUUGCAUCUCUCGCACGUGAAUCCCUCGUGGAGAGAGUUGCGAUGGCCAUUUCAGAAAAAUAUGCUAACAUCCAAGCGAAUCGAAACGAGCUCUAA